AUGGAGAAUAAAGUGAAGAGCUCUUUUCAACGAGACCCCCUCAAGAUCGAUAACAGCAGUGCAGCCUCUAGUCAGUCUCCGUCACAGCCACUAGAUUACGUAUCUAUAACACCUGCUUGUGAUUAUCCAGGAGCGCAUGUUGCUGGUAAAGGCGACUGGAGACCGACACAAGGCGGCGGCCGACACAAUUCCCCACUGUAUGGUAGACAUCGUAAACGUCCGUCCUCUUCGUCUAUAGACAGCAAAGAAAGCGAAAUAGCUACUACUACUACUACUACUACUACUACUACUACUACUACAUUCCAACAGACACCCAAACUGGCUCCAGUCUCCUCCUCUUCCUCUCUGGAAUGUGCAAGUAUCACUGGUCUAUCGGUACAACCUCUACGGACGCUACAAAGGAGCAGAUCAAUGCACAAUAACUGGGAACAAGAUGCAGCUCCACAGAAGAGAAUAGAGCUGUCUAGUAGUCGAGCAGGUUUGGGCUCACGGGCAAACAGUUCGGAGAAUGUGUUGACGUCAACUUCUUCAUUAGUUUAUGAUGACAAAGAGAAUGGACCACGGUCAUGUCCAACAACUUUUAACGAUGGGAACCGACACAAGAUCUCGCUUAGUAAAAGACGACAACCUCGGGGUGGUGAAUUGAUUGUAUCCAAGCUGCAACCGACGCGCGAUAAUGUGAACAACAUGUUGACUUAUGUGCACGAACUGCAAAUGUCAGAGGCGAGUCUACGCAAAGAGUUGUUGAAAACAAAGCGUCGUACAGAAGAAGAACUAAACCAGUCGCUGUUAAAGCUCAGCGAACUACAACGCACGAUGCAAGAAGUGGAGUGGGAUCGAAAGCGAUCGCGACGGAGGUUGGAAAAAAAGGAGCAACGUAUUCGGGAGCUUGCAGCCAAGUUAGAAAGGGCGGAGACGACACAACAUAGGGCCAGACCUGGCCGGAGGAAUAUCUUCUCUAUUGAUGGACUACCGCAAAUUGCCGAAGAAGAUACGUUAUAUAAUGAGACAGAGCCGUUGCCAACAGAUCAGCCCAUACCUCCCCAAGAAUCAAAACGGUUGGAGGACUUAUCAGAAACGCCUCCAGCCCUCACAGUGGAAGCACUUUUGCCUCCCUCACAGCAAAAUCAACUUUCGAAACCCAUUCUGCACCCGAUCGAGACUAGCAAAGAUAAGUCCACUCAGUCUGCAAUUAUCUCACCACGAUCGCCUAAUCGCCCACUUUGGGAUCCAUGGGCUUCAGGAGGCACCGCUUCGAUGAAAGAUUUGCCACCAAUAUUCACGAUAGGAUCAACAGGAUUCGAUCCUGAGGUGACAUCGGUCGCAGUGUAUGGUACAACCAUGGUUGAAGAUUACGAGCUGAAGUCAGUACUAUUGUCCCCGCGGCAAGGACAGGAUCUACUUGACAAUUCAAGCAAUGUGUGUCAAGAGGAUAAUGAUCAACAGCAGAAACGUGCGUCGCCGGCGCUGCCGCUCGAUCAGCAUGAAGGUGUGUCGUUUGCAACACUGAACUCUAGUCCAGUUAUAAGGACUGACUCAUUGCUCCCGCCGCCGCCACAUUCGCACCAGCAAAACUGUAGUCCGCCGGAAAAACAGGUUGCAGCUCAUGAACAGAUGCUAGAAAAUAUGGCGAUUAUGGAGCUUUCGUCGCAAUACGACGCGACAGUACCUCCGAGCAUGUCACUGGUACCUAAUGUCGGAGCAAUGUCUCCGAUCCGGGUGGAUCCAAACGAACAGCAGGAUACAAACACCGCCAAUGACGAUAGCGAGUUUGAUGUGUGGAAUGGGUUUCCAGACCAGCAAGACGUGCACAUAAGCGCAGCAGGAGUUGCGACAGGUAAAGAGGAUUCGUCUCCGACUUCUGUAGUUACAGACUUGCCAUUGCAGUCACCAUUACAAGCAUCGCCAUGCGUUCCAUAUACCCAAUUCAAUGCCACUGACCCAUCCGAGGAAAUGUCUUCUCAGCUUUUCCCGCCGUCAAAGGUUCAGCCUAAUCGCGUUGCCUCCGCUUCCCGAGAUAUGAUCGAAGUUGUACAAUCAAAGCCUGUGUCUUUGGAGACGUUGCUGGUAGACUUCUUCACGGAGGUAGACAAUAAACGACUGAAGAUGGCGAAGGUUUAUGGGAAGCGAUAUGCAGGCCGCGAAAAGUGGCUGUUUGCUGAGUUGUCGAAGCGAUAUGGUGCAACAAAAGUGGCAGCGUUGAAGUUUCGAUUCGACGAUGGAAGUGGUGGCAGUACUUCCGCUGUCACCAACCACUGCAAGGGCAGCAAUGAUCCUCACGCAAGUAAUUCGUCUAAUGUCUCGACACACGCAAAGGCAGGGCGUCAAGUUCACCCUCGGCAUCCGCCUACGCCUGCCAGCAAUGUAGACCUUAGUGCUGGUGCCGGUGUAUCUUCAGUGGCUUCUUCCGUUGCCCCGUUUCAGGAAAAGGACGAGUCGCGCUCUCAGAUACGACAGGUUGCCGAAGAAAUUAACACCGGUUCGAGUCCGAGCAAACAAACUUCUGCAAACUCUAUUUCACCUCAGAAGUGUCCGACUGGAAGCAACAUCUCUUCGCUGUCUGGCCCUCCACCGUCGCUCCCAACCUUGCAAGAGACUGGCGAAGGAGACAAUGCGACUGCUGUUGGCACGGACGGCGCAACUUUCAGGAGUGGGCCUGCCCGAAGAACCCGACAUGGAGAGCCGACCAGUCAAUUCAAUCAGCUAUCUUCCCGCCCUCAGACUGAGAACAGUAACACUCCGCCUGUAGGUCUCCGACAGCGCCACCAAUUGUCUGCCGGCAGCCAAACAAGUACUGGCGUCGAACGUCCUGAUGUGACCUUAGAGGGUUUGCUAAAGGAACUGUACAAGACCCACCAACCUGAUAAGCUGAAAAACGUCUCCAUCGUUGCAAAGCAGUACGCUGGCAGAGAGCGUGAGCUUGUUGGGUUGUUGAAGGGAAAGUAUGGAGUACUGAGCGUGAAACGGUUGGAAGAAAACCUGGACAGUCUGGAGCGUACCCACCGUGCUCACAUGAGCAAAAACGGUACCAGGAAGAAGCGAGGCUGCUUUGUUCGAACGGUCUCACUGGUGUUUUGGUUCACAGUACUGCUGAAUUUCUCGUUUGGAGCUGUUUUUGUCAGCUUUGUCGUGUUGAAUGCGUGGGGGUGCCGCUCUUUUGACAGUGAGGAACAAGAGCUGGAAGCUGCUGGCGAUUGUCUUCCGCUGAAGAAGGAGCUGGAGACUUUCACGUACGAGCGCAUAGCUACCUACGUGGUCCAGUCGCAUCCGGAUGCUUGCUUUUGCUCGGAGUGGAAGGCGCGCGAGAGUGCGUUGUUUGAUACCUUUUCAGGUGAAGACCUUGUCAAACUGGCGCGACUAGUUGCGUUUUCGCCUGUAUCGUUUGGCGUGCCGUGGAUUGCGAUUGUGAAAGAACAAGUACCGUCGCAAACAUUUUACGACAGUUAUGCGAAGCCUGUGGUGGAUCUGUCAUUGGAUGCCGGUAUAUUCGCGUGGUCUUCUGUUCUUGAGCUGGCAGGGUAUAUUGAGGUGUCGGCGAUGUCUACGGCUGUGAAGAAUGCCGUGGAUAGUUAUUUCGGUGAAACUGCUGAGGUGGACAACAAACGUUUUGCCGACAACGUUAAUGCAGAUGUCUUACCAAUAGAGGAGGCACAAGUGGUUGAUGGUGAGGCUAUUGCGGUGGCACCUGGUUUGUUGGAACAAGUUUUAGUUAAGGAAGAACUAGACACUUUUGACGAAAACCGCAAGACAGAUAGCCUUGAGACUAGUGAUCGGGCAACUGGUUUGACGGACAAUGUGUUAAUGGAGGAUGAUGUUAGUGAAGGUAUGACAACUGCCAGUGAAGAGGGCUUCUCAUUGCUUUCAGAGACAGAUGGAGAGGAGCUUGCUACAGUAGAAUCAAUCAAUGUGCUAAAGAUGGAAGAAGUUCCGCUAGUUGAAGUGGCUGAGUCGAUUGAUGCCGGCGAACAGGAUUCAUUCGAUGAGGCCGAGGGAGAGGAAACUUGGACCGAUGCGAGCAUCCCAGCAGAAGAGGCUGAGUCUGCUGCAGAUGCCGAUGACGGAACUUCUGCUUUUACCGAGACCGAAGAAGAGGAUGUCGAUGUUGAGAACAGCUCCUUCAACGAUAUUGAGGAAGUAUCUGAAGCUGAGUCUAUUUUUGGUACCGAUGAAGGAGUUUUUACUUUUACCGAGACCGAAGAAGCAGACGAUGCAGUUGAGAACACCACAUUAAACGAUAUUGAGGAAGUAUCUGAAGCUGAGCUUGCUGGUGGUACCAAUGAAGAAGUUUCUGCUUUUACCGAGAUCGAAGAAGCAGACGAUGCAGUUGAGAACACCACAUUAAACGACAUUGAAAAAGUAGCUGAAGCUGCAGUGGAAGUGAAUGAAGAGAUGUCAGCUGAAGAUGUCAUAACCGUAUCGGAGGGCGUUGUGGAGGUGGAAGUACGCCAGGAUGGUAUCGACCUGUCGUACGCCAAGUCAGAGAUGGAUGAAGCGCUGACUGCGGAGUCUGCUGAGUCGUCAAUCUUAUCGGUGGACACGGAAUCAGAUCUUUUGUUCGGUGGCGGUGAAGAGCCGUCUGCUAUAAGCGACGAGACAGAGGUACUAGAGGAUAAAGAUACAUCUGAAGAUGUCGUUGUCGAUGCAGCAGAGGAGGAUAUUGCACCAGUGAUGGAAGGUGUUGACGAGGAUUUUGCUGCGCCAACCAGUAGUGUCAUUGAGGCUGAUGUGGAGAAGACGAAUCUGGGGUCAGACAUUGCCACAGCAAGUGAGGUGGUCGAAAUUGAGGCGGAGAAUGUCGGAAAGGAGCCCGAAGUCUUACAGAUGGAGCCUUCACAUGCGCUAAGCUUAACGAUCGAGCUCGUGCUUGAAAACAGUGGAUGGUCGAAUUUUACUAACGCUGAAGAGCUGGCGCUGAAGUCGGCGGUUGAGGAGAUUGCUGCCAGUUCGCUAAGUGAAGGACCUGAGUCGGAAGCAGACAAAGAGUUGGACGAUCUAACCAAAGCUGAAGCUCAGGAGACGGAGACGAUGUCUGACGAAGAAGAGGGAGUUUCGUCCGAAGAAGACGAUGCCAACAUCAUGGUGGAGGAUGAUUUUAUCGUGACGAAUUCUGAGCUUGAGCCGUCUUUCAGCUCGAUCGGGUCGGACGACGAAAACACCGCUUAUGUUGAGCAGGCUGAAGUGAACGAACAUAUUGAGGACGCUGGAUAUGUUCGUGGUUGCACAAGUGAGGGCGGAGAAGAUGUGAUUGUUGAUGAGAACGAGAUUCCAGUGAAUGACACUGAUGCAGAUGCAAAUGUCUUGACGGAUAGAGAAAAUGCGUCAGCUACUUCCGCUGAAAACGGACCAAAUCACAACGAUGACGACGGAGAUGAAAAUGAAGAGAUUGCAUUCAUGCUAGGACUCGAGAACCCUGACGAAUUGCUUCGGUUGGCCGAACAAGCUGCUGCUGCCACAAUAGAGACGACGGAGACGAGGUGA